GCAGGCAAACCUCUUUAUAGCUCAGUGUACUGGGAUCACAGAUAAUUUUAGUAACAUGAACUCAAGACCCUUCACCAGGAAAACAUGAGGAUUUCUGCAGCCAUUUUAAAGAAGUGUCUUUAGUGAAGACUUGACAUUCCCCAAUGCCCUUAGCCUAGGAUCUUGGUCUUUUCUAGUGUACUGAUGAGGCAGAACUUCUGGUCACCGCCUUGGAGUCUCAGACCAUUACCCAGAAUACCCUGCAUGGAAUACCGUUAUCCAUAACCAAUGAAGGGUCAUAAAAGGUGCUUCCGUUUCAGCGACCUCUUCGGCCGGAAGCGGAAAUUUUGCUUCAACAAGAAUCCGUUCAAGCACGUGCUCAGAAAUUCUAGUUUGCUUGGUGCUGUUGGAGGUGCUGCGGCCAGAAGGACGCAAGAAUCAUGGUCCACACAGUACACAGGAGAGGAAGAGGCUGGGCCAUGCUCCCUGGGUGACUUGUGCCAGGGCCGGUGCCGCGCAGCCAUGCCGGCCACGGCCUCCUCUCCGGAGGCUACCACCAUGCCUCGAGGACAGAGUCUAUUGGCGGCCUCAUUGAGACACUGGGCUGUGGUUGGUGUGACCUUUGCCGACAUUGUCCUGUACUUCUCCAGGGAAGAGUGGUGCCUCCUUGAUGAAGAUCAGAGAUGCCUGUACCUGAAUGUGAUGCUAGGGAACUUUGAACUGAUAUCCUCAUUGGGUUGCUGCUGUGGAACAGAAGAUGUGGAAACACUGAUAGAACAAAGUGUUCUUGUAAUGGUGUCAGAGACAAAGAAUCUCAGCGUAGCUUUGUCCUCUCAACAAAGCAACCCCUGUGAAAGUUGUGGGCCCAUCUUGAGUCAUAUUUUCCACUUGAUUGAGCAUCAGGAAGGACAAAAUAGCCAGAAACUAUUGAGGUGUGGGGCACAUGCAAAACAAUUUUAUUUCAGUACAAAUAUUUACCAGCACCAGGAGCACCAUGUGAGAGAGAAGCCUUUCGUAAGAGGUGUGGGCAGGAUGUCACUUGCCAAGAGUUGCAAUUAUAAUGUUUCCCAGAAGCUUUUUAGCUGUAGGGAGGUUGGAUUGGACAUUCCUACUGAGUCAGAACAUCUCCAACAAGAGGCUACUAACAUCAGGGACAGGCUGGAUGAAAUUUCAAUGACUUGAGUGACUAUCCAACGAAAAAAUUAUUCCACCCUGAAUGAAUGCAAAAAAACUGUUGGCUACAACCCCACAUAUGUUCAGGAGUGCAUUUCUACUGGAAAACAGUGUUUUGUGUGCCAUGAUUGUGGAAAGUAUUCUGUUAGAAUUCCUAGCUUUUGUUAUUGUCAGAGAGUUAACACUGGAGAAAGGCCUUAUGAGUGCACUGAAUGUGGGAAGUCUUUCAUCCAAAAAGGUGAACUUCAUUUUCAGAAGAGAGUUCAUAAUGGAAAAAGGCUUUAUGAGUGCAGUGAAUGUGAGAAAUGUUUUCAGAGUACUGCUGGCCUCCGUUAUCAUCAGAGAGUUCACACAGGAGAAAGGCCUCAUGAGUGCAUUAAAUGUGGGAAAGCUUUUAAAAUCAAAUCUUACCUUCAUCGUCAUCAGACAGUUCACACAGGAGAAAGGCCGUAUGACUUCAGUGAAUGUGGGAAAUCUUUUAAAAGAAAAUCUCACCUUUAUCGUUAUCAGACAGUUCACACAGGAGAAAGGCCUUAUGAGUGUAUUUGAUGUGGGGAAUAUUUUACCAGUAGUACUGCCAUCCAUUAUCAUCACAGUUCAUUCAGGAGAAAGACCUUAUAA